GUCUUCAAGCUGGAGAGCGGCUUCCUUCAAUUAGGUCUGGUAUGGUGGAGGCGUAGCCGGGAGUCAAGACAGAAGGAGUCGAUGUGGUGGCAGGAGGGGUUGACCGUUCACUGUAUUGUUGUAUAGCUAGGGUUCCGCCGCGAAGGGGUUGUCGAGUUUGGGCGGGUGGGGGUCAUCGGAGAGAUCCAUGGCGUACAGGAGGAAAGGGGGAACAGCUAGGGCGAGUAUUUCAGAGGAUUGUAGAUCUGGUGUGGUGGAGGCGCAGUCGGAAGUGGGGACUGCACCUCCUUCUUCCAUCGCCGCGAGGGCGAUCAGGGAUUCGUCGGCACAUGGAGACUCCUCGCUGUCAUCCGUAUACGGUCAGUCUGCGAUUGCGUCUGCGAAUCGGGAGUCUAAUCGACAGAAGGUGGGCAGCAGUGGGCAGGAUUCUACUUCUUACGAGUACACAUCAAUGAAUAGUUUGACUGAAUCCAAAAAUGGUUUUUGGGGUGCGCUUGCUAGAAAAGCUAAAGCCUUUCUUGAAGAUGAGCCUGUGGUACAGAAAUUUGAAACAUAUGAAAGGGAACAUCCCAAGAUGGUCGAUAAGAAGUUUGUCAGACAGUUGCAGGACAAUCAAUUUCAGCAGCAGCCGCAGAUUUACUCAAAGAUGGAGGUUCCGCCUCAGAAAAGCUCAGACUCAAUAUCUUCUUCCCUUACUUACAUUGGUGGCACUAUAAAAAAUGCCAUUGGAGAAGGCUUGACAAUUAUGGAGAACAAAACAGUUGACAUCAUUCAGGAAACUAAAAAAUUGCAUAUCCGGAAAAAGGGUGGUAGCCAAACUGAACAGAAUCAGGCUCUAAACAAAACUUCUCCAAAGAGCUUCCCUCAAAUUCAGGCUGAUUAUGAAACUCAACUGAAGGCAUCUCGCGACGUUGCAAAUGCAAUGGCUGCAAAGGCCAAGCUACUUAUGCGAGAGAUGAAGACUGUCAAGGCAGACCUUGCUUUUGCAAAGGAGCGUUGCACUCAACUUGAAGAUGAGAACAAAGUGCUAAGGGAGGGUCUCGAGAAGGGCAGCAAUCCAGAAGAUGAUGAUCUGAUAAGGCUACAGUUGGAGACAUUGUUAGCUGAGAAGGGACGGCUCGCUCACGAGAACUCCGUCUAUGCUCGAGAGAACCGGUUCUUGAGGGAGAUUGUUGAAUACCACCAGCUCACGAUGCAGGACGUCAUUUACAUGGACGAAGGCGCUGAAGAAGUCACCGAAGUCUGCCCCAUUCCACCCCGCUCAACUCUCUCCACUGCCCCGCCUAGGUGCUCGUCUCCCGAACUCGCCUCCAUCGUCGUCCCCGAAGACUGCCCCAUCGUGCCGAUGCCACCAUUGCCAUCGCCACGACCGUCGAAUGGUUGAGACAACGCCGUGAUGCUUGUAUGUGCAAGUUCUAGCGCUUGUUGGUAAAUUUAUUUUUUGAUAUAUAUGAAUAUAUAUAUACAUAAGAUUUUGAAUGAACAUUCAAACUUCAAUAUGGAACUUUGGCGAUAUGUGAAGUGGUUUCUUUCAACAUGGAUGAUUUGUAUAGUUUGUAUU